AUGAGCAAGGGCUCGGUGAAGGCCCCUACCCCCCAGACUCACUCCGAGUACCGGCGCCUGACCCACCCCACGCUGGUGCCGCUCAACAAGCUCUUCUCAAACGCUUUCCCUUUGAGUAUUAAGGAGCUGUGGGAAGACUACCGUCAGCGUAAUACCCCGCUCAAAACUCAGGACCGCUUGCUCCGUUUAUUACCAUUUUAUCCUCAUGCUGACAGCCUAAACCGGCUGGCCCAGGUCGUCCAAACUCAGUUGGAUAACGGCAGUUUCAUCAACGAGUUCGUCAUAUACCCCGACCGCAAAUCGCAGGCCGAUAGCGCUGAUUUGAACCACUUAAUCAUGGUCCACGGCUACGGUGCUGGGCUUGGGUUUUUCCUUAAAAACUUCGAGGGUAUCGCUCAGAAUAAGAACUGGGUGAUCCACGCCAUCGAUUUGCUUGGUUACGGUUGUUCACUGAGACCGAAAUUCGAACUUCCUAGCGAGGAUUUGAAGCUGGUGGAGGCCUGGUUCCACGACUCAUUUAGGGAGUGGCUCGUCAAGCGUGAUUUGGUUGAUUUAAGCCAACAAACGAUGGUGAUGGCCCACUCGAUGGGGGCUUACCUCAUGGCCACUUACGGCAUCAAUCGCGAUGUCAACUUCUGCAAAAAGCUUUUAAUGGUGAGUCCCGGGGCCGUGAUUAAACACCGCAAACCCGUGCUGGUGCCGCAAUACUUUGCCAAGCUUUGGGAACGGAACAUCUCGCCGUUCUCUCUUGUCAGAAAUGCGGGGCCGUUGGGUUCAAAGUUAGUCAGUGGAUGGCUGUCUCGGCGAUUCGCUAAGUUGAGCCCUGAGGAACGAGUAAGACUUCAUCGCUACUCAUACGCGAUCUUCCAGCAACCAGGGCUGGGGGAGUACAUGCUUAAUUACUUGCUUGCCCCUGGGGCUGAUGCUCGCUUCCCUUUGAUUGAUCGUGGCAUUCAUAAGCUUAAUUGCGAGAUGCUGUGGUGGUAUGGUAAGGAAGAUUGGAUGGACGUUUUGGGAGGCAAAUUAUGCACUAAUAUCAUAAACUCCGUCCAUGGUCGCGAACAAUCCACCGUCCACGAAAUUGAAGAUGCCGGCCACCACUUGUACUUGGACAAUUACCCUCAAUUCAACCAGAUGAUGGUUGACGAAAUGGCCCGGUUUGAUGCUGCCGAGGCUUAA